UAGAAACUGAUGAUUUUUAAUUGAUAAAAUGGAUAUAACUAGAAUAUUUACCGAAGAAGAAAAGAAAGGCGUUGAGGAGAAAAAGCCUAUACGGAGUAAAUUUCAGCGUCACAUAAACGUUCUCACGUGGAAAUGUUACUUACAAAGACAAAGGCGAUGGCCCAUACUCCUAGCAGAGACGUUGUUUGCCUUCAUCUUACUCCUCAUAGCGGUGUUCAUAGCCAAGCCAGUAUUCCUGACGCCACUCCAGACAGAACCUGAACCCCCAUUAGCAUCAGCUGAUUUGCUAGCAUCACUGCACUCCAAGAACUUGGUGGGGUAUGCGCCUAACACUCCGCCUUUUGUGACCAUCAUGACCAGAGCUGCUGAAUUGCUGCAAACAGAAAUAAUGUCAGCAGAAACGGAAGAUGAUUUAAAUAACAUGUUAUAUUUAAACCGUUCUAUGGGAUCACCGCUAACUAACCCAGUCAUAUGGGUCAUUUGGAAGCCAAAGGAUGGUAACAUGUGGAAGUUCAGUAUACGCAGUACCGAGAGGGCUCGCUACGCUACCAGUUCAGAUACCAGCGUGCAUCCCAAUCCACACUUGCGCGCGGGUUUCCUCGCAGUACAACUGGCCGUCAGCCAGGCCAUCCUGGAGUAUGCAAGCUCUAGUCUUCCUAACUAUGAGCUAAGCCUGGUGUCAAUGCCAGUUUCUCCACUCAUGCAAGAGAACCAAGUCCGGCGAGCCAUAUCUGGCAUACUGCUGUGUCUGACCCUGGCGCUCAUACCACCUGUCAUUGAGACCCAAGCGUUAGUGGUCCAGGAGACACAUAGUCGAUUCAAGAGAGCUGUAAGAAUGCGCAACGUGGACUUCUCAACGCUCUACAUAGCGUGGCUGGUCUACGCUUACCUGACAGUUCUGCCUAUCUGCGUUCUCGGUGCCCUGACCCUCAUCCUCAUCUUCCGCUGGAUCCACCUCCUCUAUGCUCUCGUUAUCCUGCUUGCCUAUGUGUCCGUGAUGAUCAUGCUUGCACUUAUCAUGGCGAUGUUCCAUAACAAAGCCUGGAUUGCUUGUCUAUGGAGCACUUUGUUCACACUGCUGCAGACGUUUCUAGGGGAGCUACUAGUUCACCACCGCUACGAUCUCAAGCAUGGAGCCCUGACAUUUCUUUUGCAUAUUGCACUGCCACCUUUAGGCUUAGUGCAUGCUUUGAAUGAAUUUGCACUUCUGCAAACUGGACGUGGUGCCUUCCGUGGAGCCAAGCAUUCUCUAUUGUACACUAUUCUCUUGUGGACUAUUAUGAACAUGCUCUACUUUGGCAUAUUGAUGUUGAUGCAGCGAACCAUGCGUAACAAGGCCAUUGGCGGUCAGGUCUCUUGGAAAUCCAUUAUAUUCAAAAAGGUCGAGGACAAAAAUAAACUGAAUAGAAUAGAAACUCCAAUUGGGAAGGAGCUUGAAAAGUUGCAAGAAGUAGAUGAACUGGUUGCUAAAGCAAUAAGCUUUCGUAGCGUGUCUAAGAAAAUCAUGAACGUGCCAGUCCUUAGCAACAUAACGCUGGACAUCUACCGCGGGGAGUUCACCAUCUUGUUUGCAGAACGCAUCCAGGAGAAGAUGAUCAUCAGUAUUGAGGAUUUGUUGACAGGUUUGACCCAGCCAGAUGAAGGCUCGAUCACCGUGCUGGGUCAGACCCUGACCUCGGGUUCGUACUUCAUGGCGGCGCCGAACAUGAUGGGCUACUGCCAUCGCAACCGCGUGCUAGUCGAGGACCUGACUGUGGAGGAGCACAUCAUUCUGUUUGCUGACAUAUGCCUCUGGCAAGAGUCGAAGCAGUACGUGAACGAAUUCACGCACAUGCGCAUGCGGCGGCUGGUGGCGGAAUGUGACCUGGAGUCGGUGCGGCAUGAGUACGUGCGCAAUUUGGGCGGCUACUACCGCGCGCAGCUCAGCUGGGCCAUCGCGCUGCUGAUGGAGCCGAGGAUAAUUUUCAUUCCAAACUUUACGGACAAACCGAAUUAUGUUCAAGUUCUGAAAGACAAAAUAAUGCAAUAUAAAAAAUAUGUCACCAUUAUACUUCUGUGCUACACGAGCAUUAAUCUGGAAUAUGCUGACAGAGUCUUCAUCUUUGAUAGUAAAGUACUGGUGUUCGGCGGCACUCCUGCUUACAUGUUUUUCAAGUAUGGUCGAGAAUACCGAGUACGAAUGACCUUUCGCCACGGCAGCAGUACAGACAACGAGAAUAUAGCUCUACUUCUGGAGCGAGCGGCAGCAGCUGGAGCCACUGUGCGAGCUCAUUUGGGCUCUUUGAUGAUUCUGCGACUACCCGCGAGCCCCACUGCCAAUGUCGCUUCUCUGGUCAAAGAUCUUAACGACAACGCUAACGAAUAUGGCAUAAUUUCGAUGAGCAUUAGCCUGCCGGACUCGGAAGAAGUCAGUCGCAGAGCCAUAAACGAAGCACGAGCUGCUGUUCAUGAAACCUCCCCGUUUCACCACAACCUCGGGAAAGAAGCUUUAAAAAAUAUAGCCGAGCCAUGCCCAUGGGUCAGGAAGAAUACAAAGACUGUGAAUAUGACGCAUCUUAGAUGCGUCAGUUGGAAGUUUAUCUCGUACUAUCUCUACUACAAAUCGGUUUUCUUUUUAACGAUUUUAGCAACGCUAAUGGCGGGAAUUUUCAUCGGAAUUUCUUUGGCCAGCAUUUUAUCACACCUGGACAAAGAUCGUGAUGCUAAGAAGAUAUUGCAUGGUGAGAUCCUGACUGUGGAAGCAUUGCAACAAAAGACGACUUUGGUUCUGCGUUCUGAUAAAUCCAUUGAUGCAAGAUCAGUCGCUAAAGCGUACGUAAUGUCAGAGACUAAAGCAACUGCAAACGAAGUUGAAGACAUGUUCUAUACGGCAUUAGCAGAAACUGAGAGUCUGACGGAAUACCUGGUGACACGAGCUAUCGACUCUCCUCAACAUUACGUGUACAUGUUUGCCUAUGGCAUGGAUGUCUCCAGUGACGGCUUGAACAAACUCACGGUGCAAGCGCUGUACAGCCCCAUCCACCACGACGAGGGCGCGGCUGCGAGGUCUCUGGCUCGGGUGCAUAUGGCCCUCCUUCGCCAUUACACCGCCACUCUUGACGCCUCCAUACAGGUCAUAGACGACCCGCUAGCGUUGGAUCUGACACCGUGGAUGAGAUAUGCUGGUAGAGCACCCCUUUUGAUUCAGUUCCUGCUCAUCUUGACCAUUUCCCACAUCACUCUCAUACCAUCGAAAGAGCACGGCAUCGUGAGACAUUUGCAGUGUCGAGCAAUGAACUUCUCACCAGCUAGGUAUUGGUUGUCGAUGUACUUCUGCGACCUGGUGUUGUACUGGCUGCUGGUGGUGAUCAUAACAUUCGUCAUGGUCGGCAUCAUACACAUCGUGGUGCCAUUCGAACAUUUCUCUUAUGGCGAUCUUGCGGUGGUCCCCAUAAUGCUGAUCGUGUACGGCAUAGGCUGUAUCCCACAAGCUUACCUCUUCAGCAUUGGGCCGCAAGCAGCUUUGAAUACAAUGACCUUUAUUAUUGUGAACGUCGUAUUUGGAGAGACCACAGUGAUAGCAAAGCUGUUUUAUGGAAGCGCACUAAACUAUGCACUUUACAUAAUGCGGCUCUCGCCACAGUUCAAUAUGGCCUAUGCCUAUGUGAAGAUCAAACAGAUAUUCCUCUACAACAGUGAGUGCGUUAUUAUCAAGUCUAAAAACUUGUGUUCGUCGAAAAUUCUUCAUAAAUGCUGUGAAAAAUGCGGCGUCCUCCAAGAAUGCUUUCAACGGAGACCCUACUUCACAAUGAAACCGGGCAUCCUCGUGGAAUUGAUAUCGAUGUUGGCCACAGCCGUGUUCUUUACCGGUCUCCUCUUGCUAUGGGAAUACCGCCUCAUCCAUCGGUUACGCAGAUAUGUGGUAUCUUUCUUCUUGAUUACGGAGAAGCAACAAGUGCAGGAACAGCUGACCCAGGGCGCGGCGAGAGAGAAGGCUGACGUACAAGAUAAAUUGGCACAGAUUAAAGCCAAACGGAGCGAGAAAGUAGUCACGUACGGGGAAUACCUGCUAGCAGUCAACGUCUCGAAGAAGGAAACCGGCAUGUUCAUCCUUCGCAACAUCCACUUAGGCCUGGGCAAGGGCGAGGUGCUGGCACUGUCCGGGCUAAAGAGACACGGCCGGCUGAAGUUGUGCGAGAUCCUAGCAGGUUAUAAGAUACCAAGUGCAGGGGAGGCGUGGUGCAUGUCCAAGUGGACGCUGAAGUCGGAGCCUUAUUAUUACUCCCGUAACAUCUCACUCUGCUGCGAAAGGGAGCCUCUUCCUACCUGGAUGCGUGUGUACGACGCCUUAGUAUUCAUUGCCGUGCUGCGUGGAGUACCAUGGAAAUACGUCCACAAUGAGCUACAAAACUAUAUUGACGCUUUGGAGCUUCACGACCAAGCCCACACUCGUAUCUGCGACUUGCUGCCAAAUGAGAAGACCCGUCUGCACUUCGCGGCUGCUGUGGUCGGCGCACCUUCUGUCUUGAUCCUGGACGAGUGCACGGCCUACCAGAAGUACUCCGUCAGGAGGGCUAUGUACUACAUACUGUACACGCUAAAGAAGCGCGGUCACGGCAUUUUCAUCUGUUCUAGCAAUGUCGAAAGCCACUUGCCGGUGACGAGUAACCUGGCCAUCUUAGUGGACGGACACAUCUACGACAUUGACACCGUAGAUGCCCUGGUGGAGCGGUACAGCCAUAAAGGCUACACGGUCGUGGUGCACCUCAAGGAUGAGGUGGAGGUCACGAGCAUGUUCGCGGAGCACUUUCGAAACUUCGUCAUCAAUGAUAUGACUGAGGUAUUAGUCAACAUACAAGUUCUAGACAACGACCUUAACUGGUCAGAAAUUUUCGAAAAGAUGGAGUUGCUUCAAGCGCAGAACCCUCAAGUAUACUCGUACAUAGUGUCUGCUAUCCCCAUUGAUUACAUCUACAAUUCGAUCAUCACCAACGAGCAGGGUUUGACGCCGUCUACGGACUUUUUCUCCGUGUUCUGCAUGAAAAAUGCCUUCGCGCAACAAACCAGGAGGAGGCCAUGGCCAGAAACAACUAGCAGACUGCGGACUUUUGAAAAGAAGUAUGACAUUACUAGACUGAAGGAGUUGCCGUGGUCAGUCAUAUUCCAGAGGUAGAUUUGAUUUAGUUGUUUUCAGUUCUUGUGAAAGUAGGUAUUUUGUUAAGUUGAUAACAUAAUUAUGUUUAGUUUUUGUUAUUAUGCGCGUUAAGUUUUCAGUAUUCGAUCUCAAAACUUAACACGGGCCAGUCUUAAAAUGAGUCGCCGACCAACACUGCGGCGGUUAAAGGGUUAAGAAGGGUAUGAGAUUAUGUUAAAAUUAUACAAUAUGAUAUAUUAUUAUUAAUUAAGCACCAAGCUGGUUGAUUGUUAAGGACAAUACUAAAGCGAAGCAAUUAGCUAUUAUAUUUAGUGGUUAUUUAUAAUAAUAAAUAAAAUAUGUGUUAAUGUAAUGAUAGUUUAAUUUUUGAGACUAGAUUAGUAUUUGUGAGUAAUACUGACAUAUAAUAUACAAUACAACAUACACCUAAUAAUAAAACAUACAGCAAGCAUUCCUCCAAAGACCCACUCAAAUACAAAGUCCCUGACCCCACAUCUCACCAACACAUUGCUACAAGUAUGGAAAAACUUAACUUUCCAGCAGAAUUGUGAAUUUGUGGCCAUUUUACAUGAACAGCAAAUCCAGGCACAUUUAAGGAAAACAAAUGAACAGUGUA